AUGCCAAACCAACCGCAAAUACCACCACCUGUACGAAAAGGGGCCGAGCAACCUCUUUUCUCCUCGUCACACCCAACAGCAGCCCCUGUAUUUGAGAUACCCACAUAUUCCACUUUCAUCAGAGACCCUUCCAAUCUCGCCAGGCAUCAAUCCAUUUAUUCAAUUACUUCUCGAAGAUCUCGUGCGUCCAUUAUCACAGAGCCUGAUCUCGAUACUGAGAACGAAUAUUCAUAUUAUCCAUACUCGAAACCCCGACCUGAACCUGAACCUGAACCUGAACUUAAGUCUGAGCCGAUACCCUCACCAGAAGAGCCCAACUAUUCAGUACAGUUGCAGGAUUUUAAUCCACCACCACCAGAUUCCCCUGUGAUGCCUCCUGUAUCUGCUCCAAUAGGCCAAAUCCCUGAGCGACAAGAGAGAAGAUAUAAGACUAAGAAGGUCGUCAAACUGACCAAUGACAAUCUCGUCCUCGAGUGUCCUGUGCCUCAACAUUAUCUCGAAAAGCAGGCGCUGCAAAAAGGUCAUGAAUGGGAGUUUAUGCGGUACACCGCCGUGACUUGCGAUCCAGACUUGUUUGUAGCUGAGAACUAUACACUCAGACCAUCCAUGUGGAGUAGGGAGACCGAGAUAUUCAUCUGUGUUACUAUGUAUAAUGAAAGCGUCGGGCUAUUUGCUGAGACCAUGAAUGGGAUCAUGAAGAAUGUUCGUCAUCUCUGUUCCAGAAACAAUUCGAGGACAUGGGGUGAUGGAUCGUGGCAGAAAGUUGUUGUGUGUAUCGUCGCGGAUGGGCGCAAGAAAUGUGAUGCUCAGGUUUAUAACUACCUUGCAGCCAUGGGUGUCUACCAGGAAGGUGUGGCUAAGCGAGAGGUCAAUGGUAAAGGGGUUCAGGCACAUAUUUACGAGUACACGACACAAGUAACGAUUGACCCACACAUGAAAACUGUCGAGUCCAAGCAGAGUGAUUAUGUUCCUGUGCAGAUGAUGUUUUGUCUCAAAGAGAAAAACGCAAAAAAGCUCAAUUCGCAUCGCUGGUUCUUCAACGCAUUCGGUCCAGUAAUCGAUCCUCGCGUGUGUGUCUUACUGGAUGUGGGUACCCGACCAGGACCAACCUCUAUUUAUCAACUUUGGAAAGCCUUUGAUCUUAACUCCAAUGUCGCGGGCGCAUGCGGGGAGAUCAAGCCUGUCAAGGGUGCUAGAGCAAAGAACUUGCUCAAUCCUUUAGUCGCCACUCAGAAUUUUGAAUACAAAAUGAACAAUAUCUUGGACAAGCCUCUAGAAUCUGUGAUUGGAUAUAUCUCCGUUCUUCCGGGAGCAUUCUCAGCGUAUCGAUACAAAGCACUAUUGGCCUCACCGGAGACUCCCAACGAGGGACCGUUGAUCAGCUACUUCAAAGGAGAGAAGCCAUCUCCUGACUCUGGUAUCUUUGAUGCCAACAUGUAUCUGGCUGAAGACCGCAUUUUGUGUUUUGAAUUAGUCGCAAAACGAAACGACGCAUGGACCCUGCGCUACGUCAAGGCCGCAUGGGCAGAAACAGAUGUACCGGAUUCAGUCCCUGAGCUCAUCAGCCAACGUCGUCGAUGGUUGAACGGUACCUUCUUCGUAGCACUCUUUUCUGUAUUCCAUUUCGGAAAAAUCUAUAAGAGCAAUCAUGCAUACUGGAGAAAACUGCUUUUCCAUCUUCAAUUCCUUUACAACAUUGUCAAUAUUAUUUUUAGUUGGUUUGCAAUUGCCAAUACCUAUCUCACAUUCUACAUCCUCGCAAAUUCACUCAUGUUUUCAGAGAACAGCCCCGGCGGCCGCUCCGAUAUCUUCAGAAUCGUUUUUAUCAUCCUCAAGUAUUUUUAUGAAUUCCUCGUAAUUAUCGUCUUUGUACUUAGUAUGGGAAACCGGCCCACCGGGUCAAAAUUCUUGUAUACCGCAGCUAUAGUUUUCUUUGCCUUUUUAAUGGUUUACAUGACAUUCUGUGCCGCCUGGCUGACCUAUCUUGGGAUAUCACGAGCCUUGGUAUCUGGCCAAACCACGCUUGCCGCUGUGAUUGGUGAUUCAACCUUCCGAAACGUGAUAUUAUCACUGGCUUCAACUUAUGGCCUUUACUUGAUCAGCAGUGUUUUAUACAUGGAGCCAUGGCACAUGGUGACUAGCUCUAUCCAGUAUCUUUGUAUGGUGCCAAGCUACGUGAACGUCUUGAAUGUGUACGCAUUCUGCAAUACACAUGAUGUGAGUUGGGGCACAAAAGGUGACAAUAUCGACAAUAUGGACCUUGGCGCUGCCAAGUCAACCUCGAAAGAAGGUGCAGACAAAGAAGAGGUCACUGUUAAUGUUCCUGUAGAAGACCGAGAUUUAAACCAGUCUUAUCAAAUUGCUCUGGACUCACUCAAGAAAAAGACAGAGGAGAGGGUUCAAAAGCGCGAUCCCAAAGCAAAACAAGAGGAUUACUACAAAGCAUUCAGGACAAGGCUGGUGCUUCUGUGGUGUACCUCAAAUGGGUUACUGGUCAGCAUCAUCACUUAUUCGGGAAGCUAUGGCGGGAUUGGAUCAUACGAUGCACGAUCCAAGGCGUACCUUGCCUUUGUAUUAUGGUCAGUCGCGUUCCUGGCUGCUUUCCGGUUCGUGGGCAGUGUUGUCUACCUCUUCUUGCGUCUCGUUAGUGGUGAACUUCGGUGGUAA